AUGCCGCCUCCCGCCUCGACGCCGGCGACGCACGCGGCCGUGUACGUGGCGGCGGUGCCCCUGCGGGCGCCCAGGGGCCCCGCGCAGCUGCUGAUGUCGGCGGGCUACUCGCUGGGCAUGUGGGACCUGCAGCACUUCAUGGUGCUCCUGCGGCCCGACCCGGCCCUGGCCCAGGCGCUGGUGUUCGAUUUCCAGCCGCGGGACCCGGAGGACGCCCUCGCCGCGCUCGCGGUGCUGUCCCGGAGAGAAAUCCCUGGCGUGGUUCGUAGAAGGACGCUGCGGAGGGUCCCUGACCGGCGGUGCUGGCUCGUCGGGCACUGCUGCUGCGACGGGGACGACGACGCCGUUGCCGCCGCCGGCAGGUUCAGCGAGCGGUGGCGGACCGGCCUGGUGGUCGGGGAGCACGACUGCCGGGACUACACUAACGGGCUGGUCGAGGUGCUGACAGGUGAAAAACGUGUCCUGGAGUCGCUCCGAUUGGGCGCCAACGGCAGCACCACUCGCGGGGCGGCGCCGCCGUGGUAG